AGAUCUCUAGUAAAUAAUUCCUAUAUCUAGUGAUGUGGUUCCAUAUAAAACAAAUACAAUGACGAUCACAAUAAAGCAGGAAAAUGUGGAAGAGCAUUUCACAAUAACAGAGGAAAUAGGGAGUGGACAAUUUGCCGUUGUUCGAAAAUGUGAACACGUUUCAACGGGGAAGCAGUUCGCAGCAAAAUGUAUCAAAAAGAAGAGAGCAAAGGCCAGCAGAAGAGGGGUUCUACGUGAAGACAUUGAACGUGAGAUUGGUUUACUAUGCGGAAUUGAACAUCACGGGAUCAUAAAACUACACGACUGCUUUGAGAGUAGAGAAGAAAUAACCUUAAUUCUUGAAUUAGUGGCUGGUGGUGAAUUGUUCGAUUACCUCGCUGAGAAAGAAUGCCUGACAGAAGAGGAAGCAGUUUGCGUCAUUCACCAAAUACUUGAAAGCGUUGGAUAUCUACAUGACCAGAAUAUAGCACAUUUUGACUUGAAGCCUGAAAACAUCAUGAUCUACGACAUCAAAGACGACAAUCCGAGAAUAAAACUGAUUGAUUUCGGACUAGCUCAGCUUGUUAGACCAGGACAAGAGUUGAAGAAUCUCCAUGGUACUCCAGAAUUCGUUGCACCAGAAGUUAUCGCCUUUGAACCUAUUGGGCUUCCAGCUGAUAUGUGGAGCAUCGGUGUCAUCGCUUAUAUUCUGUUAAGCGGUUGCUCGCCAUUUCUCGGAGACAACAAGACAGAAACAUUCGACAACAUCACAAAAGUUGAAUAUGAGUUUGACGAAGAAUAUUUCGGAGAAACGAGCGACUUGGCGAAAGAUUUUAUCCAACGCUUAUUAAUAAAAGACCCGAGAAAAAGAUCGACUAUAAAUCAAUGUAAAGAACACCCGUGGAUAAAGGGUGCAAAGAAUUUUAUUCCUGCUUGGGAAACCCAAGAACCGAUCUACGAUCGCGUUAAAGAUGAACCCACACCGCCACCUAGCGACAAGCAAUUUCUCGACGAGGUUGAUUCAGCGGUGACGCCAAAGUCACCAUCUCCCGUAAUGGAACCUGAGCCUGUUCCAAAUCGGGGUUCACCAUCGCCUAUAAGGGAUCCGACGCCCACCCCUCCGCCAGAACCGCAGCCCCCGAAACCAGUCCCCUCCCCGAUUAAAACUGUUCCAGAAAAAAGGAAAAGCAUACCCAUACCGAUCAUCCACGAACAGAAAAAAGAAGAAAAGCCUAAGGCGAUCUCGAUACCUGUCCAUCACGAACAAACAGGCCAAUCACGUAACAGGGGCGUGGUCACAAGACAAGUUAAAAUCAGCAAAAAACCAAGCGACGCGCAAGAUGGUCUUGAAUCUCUAUCUAAAUCCAAACAACUUCUGAAGGACUUACAAAAGGAGAGAAGUGCGUUGGAGAAAGACAUGAGAGUAUUUGGAGAGAGUUAUCUGGUUCUCUCGGAUGACGAUGUCUCUCAUAUUCGCAACAGGAUGGAACGAAGAGCAGCUGACAUCAUGGGCGCAUUAGAUUCGUACAAGAGUAGCAGAAUGGGAAUGGCUAGGACGUCAAACUCUUUGUUCGGAGAAAAAGGUUUGAUGCCAGGUCUAAUGAAGCGUUUGGAUCAAACGAGAAACCGGUUUAAGAAUUUGAUGGAAAUGGACUUUGGCGAUGAUUGACAGGGACCAUGUAUAUGGAGAAGAGAGAGAGAGAGAGAAAACUGAUAGGACAAGAUACUGGGACCGCUCAGGGUUUACUUGAGCAUAAUCUAGCCCCCGCAUUGUAUUAAUUGCGCAAAUUAUAUCAUAAACGAAAUUGCAGUGAUUUAUAAGCUAUCUCAAAAUUAUAGCUUUAGUGUAACGGUUCCAACUUUCAAAAGCGGACCGACACUGGUAGAGCUCCGAACAUUUUCGAGUAUAAUGAUUGCCACCACUAGACAAUAUUCUUAGCGCAAAUUUAAAAACGUAAUAACAUGGUCUCAAAAUGAGUACAAUAGUCUUUCGAGACUAGAACUUGUGUAAAUUUAAAAACGCCAGCAUAAUGAUGUUUACCGUAACAUUGCGAUACCGCUGUAUUUCUGUUGGCAGAAUGGCUCGAUUAUACAAAAGUGAACUGAAAAACACACCGGUACGGCUCGGAAUCUUUUAUUUGAUCCAAUUACAACUCCCAGAGUGAUUAGAAUCGAAAUUUUCAGCAUUUUUUUCUUACCACUGAGGGAUGCAUUUUGAUGAUUCGAACUUGUAACCACUAAACUCCAGUGGACUUCUCUUUGAUUGAACGAAAGCAACUUGCGCGGAAAUUAUUUUUCCAAUUUAUUUCUUUGUUCAUUAUAAUUUACUCAUCUAUCUAUUAUUAUUGAUUUCAGUUUUCACAAAUUUUUAUCCGAUUUAACAGAUUUCCU